AUGUUAGAACCUAACAAGACCUUACGCGAGAACAAUGUCAGCAAAAGUGGCAAGUUUUCCGUUGGUUUACCCAUUACUAUGAUGAUAACGGGAAUGGUGGGAAAUUCACUUGCGCUUAUGCUGGUAUAUAGAUCGUAUAGAAAAAAAGAGAAUAACAGGAAAAAGUCUUUCCUUUUCUGCAUAGGGUCCCUGGCAUUGACUGAUCUGUUUGGACAGCUUCUCACAAGUCCUAUAGUUAUAUAUGCUUACUUAGCCGAUAAGAAAUGGGAGACCAUGGACCCAUCAAAGAUUCUGUGCGCUUUUUUUGGAGUGUGCAUGACAACUUUUGGUCUAUGUCCUCUAUUCCUUGCCAGCGCAAUGGCAAUUGAGAGGUCAUUGGCAAUUACAAGUCCUCAUUGGUACUCCAUUCACAUGAAAACUAGUUUGACAAAGCAAAUUCUGGUAGUUAUAUUGUGUCUUGUUCUGAUUUUUGCGCUGUUGCCCAUCGCAGGAGUUGGGCAGUACACGCAUCAAUGGCCAGGCACUUGGUGUUUCAUAAGCAUUGGAGACAGAGAGGACCCAGGCAUGUUUUUCGCCAUCACCUUCGCUGUUCUUGGGAUAUUCUUACUUCUUGUAACUUUCUCUUGCAACGUGGUCACAAUUCGUGGAUUAAUUAUUCGUUGCAAAACGAAAUCUGGUACAUCUCAUUCCGCUAAGCAGUGGGAAAGAUUAACCACGGAGACAGUUAUUCAACUACUGGGAAUUAUGUGCGUGCUUCUUAUAUGCUGGGCUCCAUUACUGGUGCAGAUGUUACGAAUGAUCACAACAAAGAUCUCGUCAGAUGACUGCAACUCGGCAAAAGAGUCUUUCAGUCCCAGCCCAAGUCCAGACAUUCAGCUGGAAUGUAAAUUAUUUCUCUUCACCAUCCACCUGGCCUCUUUGAACCAGAUCCUGGACCCCUGGGUUUACUUGCUUCUGAGGGAGAUUCUACUGCGCAAGUUCUGCCAGGUGGCAAGUGCUGUGUCCAAAUGCUCUAUAGAGGAAAAUAAGGAGACUCAGUCUGAAGGACAAAGAGAGACUGAGAUGGAUCGUGAUGCUCUUAAUAAACAGUAACAGUUUUCAGAAACUGUAAUUGGAACACAGUUUUGUUUUGGUUGUCUACAUCUACCUUAUCGAAUUAUUUUUUUUCCAAAGAAUAAAACCACUUUAAUGAAUUCAAUGCAGUUAUCAUGUAGGACACAUUCCUAGGAUAAGCAUGAAAACAUAAUAUUUUUACAAUGCUAACAUAAGCAUAUUCUGCCAUAAUGAAAUGUGUGUUAAUGCAUUAUUUCUAUUAGGCAGGUCUACGUAAAACAAAAAAGAAUAAUACCUGUUUUACAGUGUGAGAAUUAAUGUGUAAUUAAUUAAUUUACAUCUUACAUCUUCAUCCGGGGAGGAAAUAGCUUUUUUUUGUGUCUGAAUGGGCCUUAGCAAUGUUGGCCAUUUGUGUGCACGCAUUCCACAGAGGGUCACAAAACCAGCAUGUGAGCACAUGACCUGUGCAGCAUUCAGUUUAAAAUGUCAAAGCAAAUUUGUUUUAAGGUUUCUUUACAUGAUUGCUCAACAACAUUUUUGCCCUACCAAAAUAAGAACUCUCCUAUCUUUCACCACUUUCCUGUCCAAUAACGCAUAAAAUACCUGAAUGAUUUAUGUUGAAGAUAAUUUUAAAUCACAGUGUAUCCCAGGAAAAGGGACAUAUUUUCUUACUUUGUCUCUUUAUUUCAACACCGCAAAAAUAAUAAAAUAACUACAGGGAUACAUUGCAAUUCCUCAGGUUUAAUUGGAGGGUAUUUUCACCUAUAUCUCAAUUAACUAUUUAGAAAUGGCAUCAAGUAUUGUUCAUAGUCCCCUAAUUUCAGCAGACCUAGCUUAUUCUUAUUAGAAAGGUGUGUUUGUUACCUUUUUGGUGUUUGUUGUCUUACAACAUCGGGACCAGGUAAAGCUGGCCAUGAAUCAGAUAAAUCAGAAUGAAUCCCCAGAGACCCAAAUAAGCCAAUCUGUAAAUUAAAAUGGCCUGUGUAGGAUUUUUAAGAAAAUGUAUGUAAGUUAUCUGCAGUAAUAGUAGAAUGGUAGUGUUUUAGAAAAUGUACUCACUAUCAAUUAUUGUGUGUGCAUACAAAAGUGCUAACAACAGUCCAACAAAUGAGGAACACUCUCCAGGAGGUCAGCAUAGAUGUGUCAAACAUUAUUAUACCUACAAGAGUACACCAGCAGAACAUUAGAGGUUAGACCUCAUGAUGCAACUGCGUAGUGAAUGUAAAGAACAGGAUCAUCAAAUAACAGUUUGUUAAAAAGUACCCAAAAAUGCAUGUAGAGUUCUGGAUCUUCAUUGCCAAAAUAUACUUACAUUAACCUGUACCACAGUGAUUAAAAGAUGAAUGUGUAGAGAAAAAAGGGAAUUGUCUAUGAUGUGAAGCAUGUGGUUUUGCUUCAGGACCCAAACUUGACAGUACUAAUUUAGUAGUUACCCAGUAUUGUAUGUAACGUUAUAGUAUUGCAAUUUUCAUUUUGUAAUGUCGUAUUGAUUGUUGCUGCCUCAUUGGACAAGUCGCUCUUGAAAAACAGACUCACUAUAUAAUAAAUAACUAGGUAAAAUACAAUAAAAUAAUAGGAUAUGGUUUUAUGUAUAAUAUGUAUUAAUUAAUUAAUAAACAUGAUUAACGAUUCAUUGAUGCAUUCAUAGAGCAUGAUUUAUAUGUGCAUGUUUUAAUUAACAUAUUAAUGAGUGCAUGGUUACCUGAUGGAGUACACAUUAAUAAACAUGAAUUAAUAUCUAA